UCCUCCUAAUACUUACUAUAUACCUGUCCGUUACCUGAGAACAUUCUUUAUCGAUUCCUUAUCACGGUGGGAUACAAAGGCUAAAUCUUAGUUUAUCUCGGCAGUUUCAUCAGCUUCUUAACGUUAACAGUAAAAUGAACGUCUCCUUCGAGGGUAAACGUAUUCUGGUGACGGGGGCUGGAUCGGGUAUCGGUCGAGCCGUUGCCCUCAGGCUGUCAAAGCUCGGGGCCACCGUGAUCGCCGUAUCCCUUCCCGACAAGAGUUUCGAUACUCUUUCGAAGGAGGAUCCUAAAAUCGAGAUCGUCAAGGUAGAUCUGACGGAUUGGAACGCGACGAAGGAUGCUUUGCAGAGUGUGACACCUGUGGAUCAUCUCGUUAACAAUGCCGGAAUAUUUAGAGGGCAUGCUUUCCUGGACGUAAAGGCUGAAGACAUCGACGAGACAUUUAACAUAAAUUUCAAAGCUGCCGUUAACGUUUCUCAAAUCGUAGCUAAGGAUUUGAUAGCCAGAGGAAAAGCCGGGAGUAUCGUGAAUAUUUCAUCUCAAGCUAGCCAAGCUGCUUUUCACGAUCACACGGUUUACUGCUGCUCCAAAGGAGCCAUUGACCAGCUUACGAGAGUAAUGGCCUUAGAAUUGGGUCCCCACAACAUCAGAGUGAAUGCAGUCAAUCCAACUGUUGUAAUGACUGAUUUGGGUCGCGAAGCAUGGAGCGAGCCAAAAAAAUCUGCCGAAAUGAAGAGCAAGAUUCCGCUUGGCCGUUUUGCUGAGGUGGAAGAGGUCGUUGAUGCAAUAACCUACUUGCUCAGCGAUCGGAGCUCAAUGAUCAACGGUGUGACGCUACCGGUUGACGGAGGUUUCCUGGCUACGUAGACGGGAACUAUUAUUCAAUAACCGCUCGUAUGGUUACAGUGCGUGAACUUCAAUAAAUUCCUAAUCACUAUACUGGCCUAUUACUGUGUGAAAU